AUGAAUCCUGAUUAUUUUGGAUGCACUCUAAUUCAUAAAUCAAAUUUUGAUGACAAAGGUAAUCUCUAUGUAGGAGGAGUCAAAUCACUUGAAUCAAUCAAUAAAUACAAGUUUGGUGCUAUUAUUUCUGUUAUUGAUGAAUUAGAAUAUAAAAUACCAACUUAGAUAUAUCAUCUAAGGAUAGUUGCACCUGAUGAACCUAAUUUUUAAAUAUCCGAACAUUUUGAAAAAACCUGUAAAUUUAUCAAAGUGUACUUGAAAAAAACCAAUGUUCUCGUACAUUGCUAAGUAGGCAUUUCAAGAUCAGUUUCAGUCAUGAUGGCUUAUUUUAUUAAAGAGAUGAACAUGAAACCUGAUGAGGCAUUUUUAUACAUUUAAAACAAAAGGGAAUUUGUUCAUCCAAAUGAAGGAUUUAGAAUUUAGUUGUAGAAGUUUUACGAGGAAUGCUAAAAACCAAAAGUCAAUCCAAAAGCAAGACAGUAAUAAGUAUAGGUUCAACAAAUAAAAAAAAAGUGA